AUGCCUAAGAGCACUCGGUCAAAUUUAAAUUUACAUACAACUUCUAUCUCUGAAUUCCAAUAUAAAUCUUCUCGUCAACAAGUAAAAGGUGAAUUAUCUCUUCAAAUUGAUCCUAUUACAACUAUGUCGACAGCACAUUAUAUUGCGGAAUUGGAUGAUGAUCCCAAAAACCAAGUUAUAGAUUCUGUACGUUUAUCUCAAGAAUAUAUCGAAACAUUUCGUGAAUUAGAACAACAACGAUUAAACUCCAUUAAACUAUUGACUGAAGAAGAAAUGAUAAAUAUUGAUCAAUACUUACUAAAUUUACAAAAUAUCUAUGAUGAGUUACGUUAUUCAAAUUUAUUUCGUGCACAAUAUUCUACGACACAUUUUCAAGAGAAAGAAAAAAUACCGUAUGAACAACACAAAAAAGAAAUAAAUGGUGGUUGGUUAUGUUUUUGUAAUAAAUUAAACCAACACGUUUAUAAUCGAUUGAAAAUUGGUAUAUUGAUUAUGCUAGAAAAGAUCAUGCAUCACUAUCUUUGCAUGAAUUAG